AUGACCCAACAAGAGCCAACAGAGCAACAGGUUUUGUUUGCCCAGCUCCCAACUGAAAACUUCAACGAUCCUGACCAAGAAAACAAUAGUAGUGAAGAUGAGAGAGAUUCCGAUGUGCCACUUAUUGUUCCUGCAAAUACAGACUCAACAGCAGAUUCACAUUUCGUACGAGUGACAAGACCAACACAGCCUACAGAUUUCAUUUUACAGCGGCCUCUAACUAAUGAGAAGGAUUUAUUAAAUCUUGCUUUUCGACCUGCUGCUUUGAAUACCCGUGUAACAUGCCGUAUUCAUCGCUGCCGUGAUGGAUUGGACAAAUUGUACCCACAGUAUCACUUAUUCAUCGAGCAUCUUGGAACAGGAGAAAUACAGCAUGUAAUGACAGCUCGGAAGAAAAGGAAAAGCAACACUAGCUAUUAUACAAUUACAGGCAUUUAUAGAGAGAAUACUAGUGUACCUGAGGGAUACCUAGAGCUAGGAAAAGUCAGGUAA